UAACAAGAUCGUGCCCCUGUAGUGUGGCACGCGCGACCAUUUUUAUCGCGCAAGAAACUGUUUCGCUUUUUAUUAUGACGGAAAAAGGGACAGCUAUUUUCGCGCUUACCAUGCUGUGAGGGCUGGAUAGGUAAGUUUUUACAUGCAGCGACUCCCGCCUGUCUUCCAAAACCUUUUGCAGAGGAACUUAAUUUAUAUUAGAUUAUGGUAAAAGCAUCACUAGAUGCAAUGAUCAUAAUUAUGAUGCAAUUUUAUUAUAAGAAAUAUCAAAGUAUAUCACUCUUGUCUCCGGCUAUGCACAGAUAAGACUCGUAAAUCUUAUAUUUAUUACUCUGGCCGGUUCCCAUAUUAGUUCUAUUUAUUUGUUAUGGUAAGUAAAAAGUUAAUAAUAAAAAAUAUAAAUCUUAUGUAAUAAGACUGCGCGAACCAGACAAAGUGUCGAAAGGCGGACCCAGGCUCCAAAGCGUUGUUGCGGAGGGUGCAACUGGGACAAUGUGAAAAUUAGAAAUUAAUAAUUAAUAAUAGAUGAUUUUUUUUCACGUUUUAAAAAAAUAUAUUUGUGUAAAAGACGUGUAUUACUGUCUAGGAAAAAUAAGUAAAAAAAUCUAGACAUAAAUUUACUAUACUUUUUUUGCAAUAAUGUGAGUGUUGUUUAUAAACUACAUUGCGCAUUCAUUGAUAUUUUGUGUCAGAUGGAUAAUGUUGUUUUAAAAAAAUUAAGGGUUAAGUAAUUGCUACAUAGAACUUGCUCAUGAAAAUAAUUCAUUGGUUUAUAGAUCUGUGGUUAAUGGUUUGUAAAAUAUUGACAUUACUGACAGUGACAUUUUAUUUGUUUUGAAAAAUUGAAUUAUCAUCUUCAGUUCAGUCAGCUUGCUUUUAUUUUUAUAAAAGUUUUAUAUUGCGGUUUCAUUAUUUAUAAAUUAAGCGGGGGUAGUUUAAAAUAUGGCUCAUCGAGAUACGGAAUUGUAUGCAGAGUUUUUAGACAGAUUGCAACGACAGGAACAUGUACCUGCUGCUUUGAAUGAGAUCAAAAAUUUAAUCCAGUUUAAACCUGCCAAUGAAGUCAUUCCUGCUAUUAGAAGUGCUGGGAUUACAAAAAUUGUUAAUUGCUUAAAUAUCAGUGAUGAAGCUCAAAUUGAUCUGACCUGUGAAGUUCUAAAGAUAUGUUUUGAUAAGUUUGACAUUGGAGAUGUAAUCAAGAGAUAUACUGGGCAUAUAAUGUAUCUACUACGACAUGAAAAACCUUGUGUUCGAAGGCUUGCAGUUGAUGAGGUUUACAAAUGUGUGACUUCUGACCCUGGCUUGUUACCUCUGCCUCAGUACAUAGACAUUUAUGUAGCUGUUGCACAAAUGGUUGCAGAUACUGAUAUUACAGUUGCAAAUAAGGCAAUAUUGAUCACCUCGAAUCUACCUUUUGAAGCCUAUCUCAAAGUAUUGAGUGAAAUGAAAAUUGCUUUAGAAUAUUCUGUUAGCAGUAAAUGUAAUGCCUUUGAGGUGGUAAUUAAUAUAUCUUGCAAAUCAGUUGAGCUUUUUAAAUUGUGUACGGAUUUGGGAUACCUUGAUUUUAUGAUAUCUGAAUUAAACUCUAAUGAUGUAUUGUAUCAAAUGAACAUACUGGAACUCCUAUCUAGCCUGGCUAUCAAAUCUCACGGCAUUAAUUAUCUUGUGAAAAAUGGCGCUAUUCAGAAGAUAGCAGAGAUGAUUGCAGAUUUACCCAACAAUCCCCUAGGCGGAUUAUUGACACCUGGUUACAUAAAAUUCUUUGGUUGUAUUGCUCACCACUAUCCAAAGGAUAUAUUUGAAAAGUACCCAGUACUAUUAGAUACUUUGUUUCAAGUUUUUGAAUCCGAAGACAAAGCUAUUUUACCCGUGGCAUUAGAUACUUUGGGUUUUGUAGGAGCUACCAUUGAAGGAAAAUUGUGUCUGGCAGCCCAAGGAGCUAAAUUUAUACAAACAGUUGAUAAGGUGGCACAAUUAAUAAGGAAUAGUCCUAAUGAAAUCAAAGUGAGGGCUUUGUAUUGUUUUGCCCAUCUUAUAAGCGUUGACAAUGACCCAAAUGCGCCUAAGAGUGGCCCCAUUGAUCAUAGAGUAACAUUAAUGACAAGGGAGUGGUUUAGAAGCCUAAGUUCGCGUCCACCAUCAAUGGAAACCUUGUUUGGUAUUUGCAAGAAUCCAUUUCCUGAUAUAAAAUUAGCCGCCUUCACAUUUUUGAAUGCUGUUUGUCAACAUCAAUGGGGUGAAGAAUUGGUAGCUCGGGAAGCAGGAUUUGUGGAAUAUUUAUUGGAUAGAUCUAUUGAUCAUACAAAACAAUCGAAAGAAGCCAAGUUUGAUGUUAUCAAAAGGCUUGCAAAUUCUCCAGCAUUUGAUCCAAAUAUUCUACAAAGACUACAAAGUUAUGUAGAGCAAGGUCCAUUUUAUUCAGACACAACUUUACAGGUUGCAAUGGAAGAAGGAGACUGAAAAACGUUUAUUUAAAAUACAUACUGUUUUAUUUUCUAUCAGAGCAUAAAUACAUUACCAAUAAAUUGAAAAACUUAAAUACAUAUUAUUUAUAACAAAAUAUCA